ACCCCCAUGGCCAGCAGCCAGGGGAGCUGCAGCUUUGCCUGCCCGUGACCUUGCUGGCUGGUGGGCAGCCAGAGCGCAGCCUUGGCGUGGGGAACACGCAGCUCCUCUUCCUUCCUUCGGCCUCGGCUGAGAAAAGGCACCAUCCCUGUGUGACAGCGAGGUCUCCGUCCAGCCCAGCCCCGGUACAGGGCCGUGCUCCCCGGUCUAAAGGAUCCCGUGGAGCGCUGAUCAGCACAGGGCAGGUCCCUCCCUCGCCUGGCACGGCAUCGGAGGAGGAGACAGGCACCGGCCGCCCUCCUCCAGGAACAGCAGCGAGCCCGGCCGGGGCCAGCGGGGCCGAGCUGGUCACCUCCAACCUGCACAGCACAACUGGGCCACCACGACUUACCCGGCACCACGGGCCCCAUGGGCACAGGUAGGAGCCGGUGGGGGGCCCUGUGUGCCACGGGCUGUGCCGUGCCCCGGGACACAGGGUGGGUGCCAGCCCCGGGAGCACAAGGAAGGGUCCUAUGGGAGGAACAGGCUGGGUUCUCCCGCGCCAGCACUGCCCGUCCCGGGGCUGGCGGUGCCGGACUUUGCCCGGCGGGGAGGGAGCGGGCCCGUAGGGAGGGACAUUCCCAGUUGGCAGCACCGUGCCCGGGCGAGCUCCCGUUGUGGCUCCACCCCGCAGCCAACCCGCUCUGGUGCCUCCACCAUGGCCCAUCUCCAGGUGGGACAGAACACGCUGCCGCGGGCCCCGGCACAGCUCCAUGGGCCGGUUCCCGGCGCCCAUCCCGCCAUGCGAGCCGCAGCAGGCGCGUUCCUGCCGCGCUGUGCCGGGAGCCCCGGGAACGCGGCGCCGUCGGCUCCCCCAGCACACGAGGCGCCCCAUUGUUCACCAUUGGGGCCCGCCGUGGUGCCCGGGGCGUGCCGGGGCUGCCGACGCCUGGCCGGGCGGGCAGCGGGGGCCUCCAGGCAGAAGGAAUCGGCAGUGACAUUCCCGUAGCCUGGAGACCGCCGUCCCUUUCAGCGGGCAGCCCAUUUGAAUAAGAAUCACCGUGCACACGGGGAAGGGGGGCCCGCCGGACGCGCCAUCCCAUCAUCGCCACCGCUCGUCCCUGCCUGCCCAGCCCUUGCCCCUGGCCUUGGCCUCGCCGCACGCCGCAGGACAACAGCCAGGCUUUGAUCCAGCGGCUGGGAGCGGGCGGCACCGGCGGAGGAGGAAGCACAAAAGGCAGCUCCAGCCUAAAUGCAAUAGCGGGACCCCGGCCAGCGGCGGGGAUGCUGCUGCCCGACCGGCUCCGGUGCUCCUGGCGCCCAUCCCGGGCUGGCCCCGGCCCGUCGCGGGGACCCCCCAGGGACAACAGUGACACUGGGAGGGAUGGAUCCGCCCCGAGCAGGGCAGGAUGGGGCACAGCACAGCUCGUGUGGGGCCUGGGAGUGCGGGAACGGCAGUGUGCCCUGGUCUGUGUGCAGGGAUGGGGCAUGGCCAUGGGGGUGGGCACCCCGUGCCACCCUGGGGGACGUUGGGACCCAACUUCCCCACCUGAUCCCGCUUCCCAGUGCUGUCCCCCGGGUAUGUGGCCAUGCUGGAGCUGGGAGAAGCCAGGCACCAGUUCCCUGCACCCCAUUGCCAUCCCCUGUACCCCACUGCAGUGUCUCCGUGUCCCCCCUAGGCAGAGCCUGCGGCUGCCCAUGGACCUCCUGGCACUCACUCUCCUCCUGGCGGGGAUACCAUCAGUGUGGGGCCAGCAGGAGCCUGACCCCAGCCAUGGAUGUGCCCGCGGGAGCUGCUACCCGGCCACCGGGAACCUGCUGGUGGGGCGAGCCCCACGCCUGAGCGCCACCUCCACGUGCGGGCUGCACGGGCCGCAGGAGUACUGCAUCGUCAGCCACCUCCAGGACUCGGAGAAAUGCUUCACCUGCGACUCGCGGGACCCGUCCCUGCCCCAGAGCCACCGCAUCGAGAACGUCAUCUACCUGAGCGGCCCCCGCGCGCGGCGGACGUGGUGGCAGGCCGAGAACGGCGUGGAGCACGUCAGCAUCCAGCUGGACCUGGAGGCCGAGUUCCACUUCACACACCUCAUCAUGAAGUUUAAGACGUUCCGGCCCGCGGCCAUGCUGGUGGAGCGCUCGGCUGACUUCGGGCGCAGCUGGAAGGUCUAUCGGUACUUCGCCUACAACUGCUCCAAGCUCUUCCCCGGCAUUCCCGACCAGCCCUCGGGGCUGGUGGACGAGGUGCUGUGCGACCAGCGCUACUCCGAGAUCGAGCCCUCCAGCCAUGGGGAGGUCAUCUUCAAGGUGCUGGACCCCUCCAUCCCGGUGGCGGAUCCCUACAGCCCGGACAUCCAGGACCUGCUGCGCGUCACCAACCUGCGGGUGAACCUCACCAAGCUGCACACGCUGGGGGACAACCUGCUGGACACGCGGCGCGAGGUGCUGCACAAGUACUACUACGCCGUGGAUGAGCUGGUGCUGCGCGGGAGCUGCUUCUGCCACGGACACGCUGCCCAGUGCGCGCCGGCACCCGGAGCCCCGGCGGCCGCCGUGCCCAGCAUGGUCCAUGGGCGCUGCGUCUGCGAGCACCACACGCAGGGGCUGAACUGUGAGCGCUGCGAGGACUUCUACCACGACCUGCCCUGGCGCCCGGCCGAGGGCUCCAGCACCAACGCCUGCCGCCGCUGCGACUGCAACGAGCACUCGCAGCGCUGCCACUUCGACAUGGCCGUCUUCCUGGCCACCGGCAACACCAGCGGGGCCGUGUGUGACGGCUGCCAGCACAACACCAUGGGCCGCCGCUGCCACCUCUGCAAGCCCUUCUACUACCGGCACCCGCGCGCCGACAUCCGCGCCCCCACCGCCUGCGCCCCCUGUGACUGUGACCCGGCGGGCUCGCUGGACGGAGGGGCCUGUGACGGGCACACGGACGUGGCGCUGGGCAUGAUCGCAGGGCAGUGCCGCUGCAAGGAGAACGUGGCCGGUCCCCGCUGCGACCGCUGCCGGCACGGUGCCUAUGGGCUCAGCCACGGAGACCCGCAGGGAUGCCAGCCGUGCAGGUGUGACCCACGGGGCACGGUGGCCGGCAGCUCCCCCUGCGACCCCAUCAGCGGGGACUGCUACUGCAAACGCUUCGUGGCCGGGCGCUCCUGCAGCCAGUGCGUGCCUGAGUUCUGGGGCCUGAGCUACGACGUGGGGGGCUGCCGGCCCUGCGACUGCGACUUCGGGGGAGCCUACAGCAACCGGUGCUCCAUGGAGGACGGGGCUUGUCCCUGCCGUCCCCAUCUCAUGGGGCGUCAGUGCGACCAGGUACAGCCCGGCUUCUUCUGCGCCCCCCUUGACUACUACACCUACGAGGCCGAGCAGGCCAUUGGGCACAGCCACGGCCAUGGCCAGCUCCCGGGUGCCAUCCGCACGGAGGUGCCCCAGGACUGCCUGGAAUACGACCCUGCGGAGCCGGGGGCACGAAAGGGCCGCCCGCGGCACCAACGCAGCCCCCCCCGGACCCCCCAUCCCCGCAGCGCCCCGCGCCGCGGCCGCCAGCAGCCCCCCAAGCCGGACGUGGAGGAGGUGGUGCGGGACGGCGCCGGGCGCAUGGUGACCUGGACGGGCUCCGGGUUCGCCCGGGUGCGGGAUGGAGCUGGGCUGACCUUCCGCGUGGACAACGUGCCCUACCCCAUGGACUACGAGCUGCUGGUGCGCUACGAGCCGGAGUCAGCAGAGGACUGGGAGGCCGUGGUCAGCGUCAGCUCCCAAGUGCUGCCCACCAGCCCUCGCUGCGGGAACCUGCUGCCCUCCGAGCAGAUGUACCGCGAGAGCCUGCCCCAUAGCCAGAGGUACGUGUUGCUGUCCCGGCCCUUCUGCUUCGAGCCCAGCACCCCCUAUGAGGUGACCAUGCGGCUUCAGCGGGCCGGUGUCACCCAGCGCCACCCCAGCGCCUUCAUCCUCAUCGACUCGCUGGUGCUGCUGCCGCGGGUGUCGGAGCUGCCGGGGCUGCACGGGGCCGAGGCGGCGCCGCGGCUGGAGGAGCUGGAGCGGUACCGGUGCCUGGAGGCGUUCCGCAUGGCCCCGCCGCCCGCCCUGGCGCAGGCCUGCGCCCGCCUGGUCUGCAGCGUGUCUGCCCUGAUGCACGGCGGGGCCCUGCCCUGCCAGUGCGACCCGCAGGGCUCCCGCAGCAGCGAGUGCCAGCCCCAGGGCGGGCAGUGCCAGUGCAAGCCCCACGUCCUCGGCCGGCGCUGUGACCGCUGCUCCCCGGGCAGCUACGGCUUCGGGCCGCUGGGCUGCAGCCCCUGCGCCUGCUCCGCGGAGGGCUCGGUGUCCCGGCUGUGCGAUGCGGUGAGCGGGCAGUGCCGGUGCCAGCCCGGCGCCGUGGGCCGGCGCUGUGACCAGUGCCAGCCCGGCCACUGGGGCUUCCCGUCCUGCCGGCCCUGCCAGUGUAACGGGCACGCCGAGGAGUGCGACCCGCGCACGGGCAGCUGCCUGCGCUGCCGCGACCACACCGCCGGCCGGCACUGCGAGAGGUGCCAGGAUGGUUACUAUGGGGACCCAGUGCUGGGCUCGGGGCAGCAGUGCCGGCCCUGCCCCUGCCCCAGCUACCCUGGCACACGGCACUACCACGGGAGCGCCUGCCACGCUGACCAGGAGACCCACCACAUCGUCUGCCUCUGCGCACCUGGAUACGCCGGGCCCCGCUGCGACCGCUGCUCCCCGGGAUACUUCGGAGCACCGGAGACGGAGGGAGGCGUGUGCCGGCCCUGCCAGUGCAACAACAACAUUGACGCCAGCGACCCGGGCGCCUGUGACCCCCGCACCGGGCACUGCCUGCGCUGCCUGUACCACACCGCGGGGCCCCGCUGCACCCUCUGCCAGCCCGGAUACUAUGGCAAUGCCCUGCAGCGCAGCUGCCGGCGCUGCGGCUGUGACCCGCGGGGAACCCUGGAUUCGCACUGCACCGCCGGCUCCUGCGCCUGUGACCGCGGCACCGGCGCCUGCGCCUGCCGGCCCAACGUGGUGGGCAAGAGCUGCGACCGCUGCGCACCCCACUUCUGGAGCCUGGGGGGGCCAGGGGGCUGCGAGCCCUGUGGAUGCCACCCCACGCACUCCCUGCACCCUGCCUGCGAUGCGGUGACGGGGCAGUGCCAGUGCCGGCCCGGCUUCGGCGGCCGCGUCUGCUCCCAGUGCCAGGAGCAUCACUGGGGAGACCCCGAGCAGGAGUGCCGAGCCUGUGACUGCGAGCCGCUGGGUGCUGAGAGCCCGCAGUGCGAGCAGGCCAGCGGGCAGUGCCGGUGCCGGCCGGGCUUCGGUGGGCAGCGCUGCGACCGCUGCCAGCGCGGCUACCAGGAGGCAUUCCCGCGCUGCUCACCCUGCCACCCCUGCUUCGGGCAGUGGGACCCGGCCCUGGGCCGCCUGUGGGACGGGCUGCGGCGCCUCGGGGCGCAGGCGCAGGCGCUGCGGGACGGGGGGUCCCUGUCCCCACUCAGCCCCCGCCGCCUGCGGGCGCUGCAGGAGGCGCUGGGGCGCGUGGAGCGGCUGCUGGGUGAGGGGGGCAGCGCCGGGGGACCCCUCCUCGACGCGCUGCCCGGGCGGCUGGAUGGCACCAGGAUGGAGCUGGAUGACUUCUGGAAGCAGCUCCAAGACCUGGAGCAACAUCUGGAUGAGCUGGCGAAGGCAGAUGUGCGGCACCACGACCGGAUAGCUGUGCUGAGCCGUGAGCUGGGGGGUCUCAACCGAACCGCCUCCCACCUCCAAACCCUCCUCAGCACCGUGGCGGCGGCCGGAUUCAGUGAGUCCUACCGCAGCAUUCUGGCAUCAGCGGAGGGCUCGCGGCUGGCGGAGGUGGUGGCCAAUGGCACUGCUGGUGAGGUGGCCGGGGCACAGGCGGCGCGGCGGGCGGCAGAGCGGGCGCUGCGGCAGCGGGGAGACGCGUUCCGCCGGGGCACCGCCGCGGCACGCAAAUCCCUGCGUGAGGCACAGAAACGGGUGAUGGGGCUCAGCGCUGCCGGCGUCAAUGAGAAGAUCUGUGGAGCACCCGGGCACCGGAGCUGCAAGCAAGCGCCUUGUGGAGGAGCCUUGUGCCGGGAUGAUGCAGGGAUGCGGCAUUGCGGUGGCACAGGGUGCAUGGGGGCACUGCCUGUCUCGGCUCGAGCCCUGAGCAGUGCCCGUAAUGCAUCCCAGCAGCUGGAGGUGGCCCUGGGGCAGCUGGGUGUCGUGGCACAGAAGACGCAGGAGGUGCAGGAGCUGGCGCGGGGCGCACGGAGCCGGGCAGAGGAGGCACUGGGGCGCUCACAGGCCGCCCGCAGCCGCGCAGAGAAGGCGACAGCCCAGCUGAGGGACUUCAUCCACAGAAUCAAGGCCUUCCUGGCAGAGGAGGGAGCUGACCCAGGCAGCAUCGAGCUGGUGGCCCGGCAAGUGUUGAACAUCUCCCUGCCCAGCAGCCCCGGCCGGAUCCAGGAGCUGCUCCAAGAGAUGCGGGAGAGCAUCAGCCAGCUGGAAGGGGUGGACGUGGUGCUCAACAGCACGGCACAGGGGCUGGCUGUGGCACAGGGGCUGCUGGAGCAGGGACGGGAUGCCAGGGAGCGAGCGGAGGGUGUGAGGGAUGAGCUGCUGGGGACACAGCGGGCGCUGGAGGUGGCACAGGCACAGGCGACGGCAGCGGGGAGUGCCCUGCGGAGCGCCAGGGAUGCCAUCCGGGUGGCUGAGAGCAGAGCCAAGGAGGCGGAGCGCAGGCUGCAGGCGCUGGAGGGGAAGGAGUCACGGGCGCAGCGGCGGCUGCGGGAGCUGGGGCAGCGCGUCACCACGCUGCAGGAGCAGCACCAGGACACCCGCCGCAUGGUGCAGCGAGCCAAGGACGGGGCGCAGCGUGUCACCGCCACUGCCGGGUUGCUCAGCCAGGACCUGGCGCAGGUGACGCAGCGCUACACUGUGCUGAAGAGCCGGGUGAGCGCGCUGGAUGGGGUGGCCGGCAGCGCCCUGCAGCGUGUGACACGGCUGACGGCCGAGGCACGGGACCUCCUGGACAAGGCCAGCACCAGCAAGAGGAAGCUGGAAGAGCUGGAGCAGCACUUCGGGGCCAAUGAGCGGGUGAUGGCAGCGAAGGCGACGCGGCUGCAGGCGUUGGAGCAGCAGGUCUGGGGGCUGCUGGAGGAGAUCCGGGAGAGAGCCAACGCUUACGCCACCUGCUAGGGACCGGCGGCGGGGCCGGGGCUGCGGGACGGGGGCACGGUUGAGGUGCAGCGCCCCCGGUUCCCGCAGCCCCGCGGUCCCGUCCCCUCCGCGGGUGCCUGUAGCGCGGCCGCGCCUGCGAAUAAAGCCCUGAGCAGUGGCCGUGUCCGGUGCCUGACUC